AUGCUUUUAUGCUUUACUUUUAUGUACUUACGCCUUGUUCCUCUCAUCCAUCUUUUCAACGAACAUAAAAAAAAUAACAUUGGUGAGUUCUAAAAUACAAAAACCGUGUAGGGAGCAUGAUUUGCUGCUGUGUUAAGUCGGAGAACAACAAGAAGUAUGCCGAGCUGGAUGCGAAGCUUGCACGGAAGAUGGUGGAGAGCCGGAGGAUUUAUCCGGGGCACAAGAGUCUAAAGUCUAUGGAUUCAAUAAUCAUGAAGUUUCCUAAGCUAAGAGAAGGAUUAAGAAACAUCAGAAGUGUUUUUGAAUCCUAUGAUAAUGAUAAAAACGGGACAAUCGAUAUCGAGGAGUUGAAGAAAUGCUUAGAGGAACUACAGCUAAUUAGUUUAUCAGACGAAGAAGUGAAAGGCUUAUAUGGAUGGUGUGAUGUUGAUGGAAGCAAAGGGAUACAGUUCAAUGAGUUUAUAGUCCUUCUCUGCCUCAUCUAUCUUCUAUCAAAACCUUCCUCUGAAUCCAACGCGGAAUCGAGAGAGAUGGGUCCGAAGUUGGUUGAAUCUAUAUUUGAUCCAAUAGUUGAAGUGUUCUUGUUUUUGGACAAAGAUGGUAAAGGGAAACUGAACAAGGCUGAUGUGAUAAAGACACUGAACAAUGAAGACUAUCCUUUAGAGAGAUCUCCUUCACAUGUCACCAACAUGAGAUUCGAAGAAAUGGAUUGGGGAAGAAAAGGGAAAGUGGGUUUUAGAGAGUUUUUAUUUGCUUUCAUGAGUUGGGUUGGUCUAGAUGAUGCAGAUGAUUACUAUAUUGUUGGUGCGGGAUUUAGCACCCCCAACAUACCGAUCUAAACCGGAAAGACAAUUCAAUUGAUUAAUUGGGAAUCUGGUUAAAAUCCACUUAACGUUUAUUUAAGGCAUGUUCAGAAGAAGGCGGCCCAGCCCGAAGAUAAGCCGACUUCCCAAUUCGCCUGGUGGCCGAUUUGAAGAGAAGAAGCAACUUUCCUUAUUUUAGCUUGAAUAAUAGGGAAAGUUAAUAUUGUUUGUAAUCUAGAGAAAGUAUAAAGAGGGGGAAGCUCCUUCGUUGUAAACAUCCAAUAAACAAUACAAAAAAACCUAAUUCUUCAUUGUUCUUGAGAGA